CACCAUCUUUUUAUUCUUCGUCAUCAAAUAGCCCGAAGCCUUCCCCGUUCUUCCCCUUCACGUCUCUUCGACAGCCGCAAACCUCUCUCCCUCGUCUGGUAUCGUCUCUCCCACACCCAAAAAAAACCCUCGAAAAGCGGCGGCGGCGCGACAUGGCGGAGGUCGAGGUUCCAGCUGCUGCGGUCGCGACGACGAUCCCUGAGGCGGCGGAGGCUACCGAGGGCGGAGCCGCUGCGGAGGCGAAGGGUCCGCACAAGCUGCACAGGCAGUGGACCUUCUGGUACGACAUCCAGUCGAAGCCCAAGCCCGGCGCUGCGUGGGGCACCUCCCUCAAAAAGGCCUACACCUUCGACACCGUCGAGGAGUUUUGGAGCUUGUAUGAUCAGAUUUUUCGUCCAAGCAAGUUGUCUGGGAAUGCUGAUUUUCAUCUGUUCAAGGCUGGAGUAGAGCCAAAAUGGGAAGACCCAGAGUGUGCAAAUGGUGGCAAAUGGACUGUCCCAUGCAACAGAAAGGCAACCUUUGAGAACAUGUGGCUUGAAACGUUGAUGGCUCUUAUUGGGGAGCAGUUUGAUGAAACAGAGGACAUUUGUGGAAUUGUUGCUAGUGUCCGUGCAAGAGGAGAUAAGCUCGCAUUAUGGACUAGGACUGCCAGCAACGAAGCUGUCCAGGUGAACAUUGGCAAGAAAUGGAAGGAUGUCAUCGACUACAAUGACAAGAUCACCUACACUUUCCAUGACGACUCCAGAAGAGAGAAGCCGAGCAGGGGCGGACGGUACACCGUGUAAGCUGCACAUCAACAAGGUUGCUUGGACUGGAUAGCGGGCGGAGUGGAAUUUUCUGCUGAGAUCAGCACCAACUUUCAUUUGAUAAGCCUUGGCUUACCUGAGGCAAUUUUCGCACCUAUUGUGAUGUUAUUUUGCUUUCAGAUAGCUUAUGUAGUACAAGAAAGAGAGGUUGGAGACAUUGACGAUUUUGUAUGCAACUGAAUUUCUAUCUGAAUCUGCCCCGAUUCAACUGCACCCAAACGAGUCAUUGCGUUCUGGAGAUUCUUGCGAUGCAUAUCCAUGUUUUACACCUUGCUAUAAAAUGUUUGGCAUU